GAGUUCAGUGGUGGGCAGGAGGAUGCCUAUGUUGUGGGGAGCCCGUGUUGAGCGGUGCCCAGGUUGAGUGGAGGGCUGGAGGGGGCUCAGGCCAGAGGGAGCCCAUGAUGAGGCGAUGCCCGUGUUGAGGGGAGGGUCAGGGGGGCGCGGCCCGGCUCCGAGUGCCCGGCGGGCGGCGGAAGUAGGCCCAGGCCCGGCCCAGCCCGGGGAUUCCCCGGCCGGGGAUUUCCGAGCCACCACGGCCUCCGCCGGCAGCCAAUGAGCGGCGCCGCCCAACCUGUAGCGCAGCGGUCGGGUCGGGACGGGACUGGGGGGCGAGGGCCGGGGCCUGAGGGAACCGGCAUCGGGGGACGAGGGGACUGCGAGACCCGGGCCUAGCCGAGCCGGGCGGGCGGGGAGGUCAGGGCAGGGCAGCGUCAGGUUUCUCCCCGCUGCUGGGGCUCGGCUGACGGGCUGAGGCCUAGGGAAGGUGGCUGGGCCGGCUCCCUGGGGAGGGGAGGAGAGGGGAGGGAGUAGCACUGUUACACCACAACUGCCCUCGAUCAUCCCUGCAACCUGCCUGCUGAUAAUUUUAGAUUUGUAAUAUUGUUUUGGUAAAUAUGGAUAAAAAUAUUGGCGAGCAGCUCAACAAGGCAUUUGAUGCAUAUCGCCAGGCUUGUGUGGAGAGGGACAAUAUCAAGAAAUCUUUAGAGCAACGGAUUUAUGUCUUGGAACAAACUGUGGAAAAGAAAGACAAUACUAUUGCAAAAUUGCAAUUACAGGCUGCGUCUACCACCCCCAGAGGUAACAUUGCUGGUCAAGUUCAGGUUCUGGAUACUUUGCCACAGAUAAAUGAGAGUGACUUACUGAAACUCAGAAGAAAUGAGGCACAACAUUCCACAGCAUCGGAUUCACCAGAGGAUUUGAAAGAGGUGUUAGAAAGGGAAAGACUUUGGAAGGAACAAUUGGUAGUUGCAAACAGUAGGUUGAAAGGCCAGAUAAAGGAUUAUCAGCAAAAGCAAACAGAGUUUAAAAAUAACAUUGAAGAAAAAGAUCAUCAAUUGAGGCUGCUCAGCAAAGAAUUGAAGGAGUGCACUAAGUUCACAAAUAUUGAACAACUCCACGGUCGGCCAGUCUUGGAGGCAAACUGGAAGUUGACGGAAACACCAUUAAAGAAGGAUGUCCCUCUGGCAGAGACAGAUCACUGUGCUCCAUACAAAGAGACCAUGGAGUUUGCUUUUCAGGGGGUUUAUCAAGAAUUAAAACACCUGUCUGCCUUGACCAAGAAACAAACAAAACUUCUUGGUAAAUGUAUCUACAGCAAAGAAGUAAUAACCAUGCCUUUCUCGAUGCCUGUACAAUGCACAGAUGAAGGAGAACACGAACAUGUUGUAAAUGCCAUUGUGAAGGAUGGAAGUGCAACAAAGGACUUUGCAUCACAAGGGCACAGAGCUCAACAGGGACAACUUCCUGAUGUUGAGUCAUUGUCUGCGCUAGAUAUCAAGUUCCCACCCUCGGGUAAUGACUAUGAAUUCCUGUACAGUACACCAGAUAAACCAGAAGUGAAGCUUCCUAUUGAAGCUCCUACUUGUACAGUUGAAGAGGAGCUGUUGAAAGAUAAUGUCCAGGACCUUGACAGUAAAAUAUGCAAUAAGCAGGAGUGGCCUUCGUUUGAAAUUUGCCACAAGGAACCAACUAAUGAAGUGUCCGCCGAUCUUUUCUGUGGCGAGCAAGGGAAGGGUGCAAAUAUGAAUACAUCCGCAGUGGACAGAAAUCCAUUUAGAGGUCCUUCGAGCCCUUCAGAUCAUGAACCUCCAGAUCUUUUCCUAAAGGUUGAAGAAUCUAACCUUAAGCUUCCAUCAACAGAGAUAAGAGGGCCACAACAGGUGCUGCUGCAAGCUCCAUGGAAUCACUUCGCCGCCAUCAUUUCCUGCUGCCUCGAACAGCGAACUCCUGUGUGGAGUCCUUACCACAAUAAGGAGGGGAAAUUGCUGCUUCAAGCAUCCAGUGACUCUGACCCCGACCGAAAAUCCGAAAUCUGUGAAUUCUGUCAGGCACGUUUCCCGGCCAGCACCACAUCCAGGGAAGACUUCCUCAGGCAUCUUAAUUCACACUUUGUGCGUGGCACUAAAAAUGGAUUUUAAUGCUUGUACCUUUCUGCAAUUGAGAUGAAGAAACCAGCAAUGCGAACUUAACAUGGUGUCCAAAAUAUCUCUUGUUAGUGGUGGGAUUAUAAAUUUCAAAAGGACAUCCUUUAAGGACGGUACAGUAACAUAUUUUCAGAAUUUUUCUAUCCUCUUAGGAACUUUUUAACUCUGGAACAAUGUCAGAUAAUUUAUAAAGAAACGCUUUGACAAGAUCAUUUGAAACUAAUUGUCCUUUUGGGCCAUUUAAUUGUAAUUUGUCCAAAUCAGCAUUUAAAGCAAAAUCACAGAUUAUUGCACAAGGUGUGAAAGAGAAUCUGCUGGCAUAAGUACAGUGAUUUGUAAAUUU